AUGAAGCUAAUCCUUUCCUCCUCAAAUAUCAUGAUAAGCGGCGAGACCAUCAUCCGCCAUCCCACCGAAAAGUCCAACGUCGAACUGAUCAACUCCCUGCGCACAAACUUCCAAGCCGCCCAACACGCUGCAGACCCCUCCAGCGACCGCCCCCCUUACACCACUUGGACCAAACAAGGCGACAAUGCCCUAUACAUCCCCGCGACUGACUUCGCGCACGGUCUCUCCGAAGAGCGCUCCCAGUACGACAUCACCGUCAAACUAUUCUACCUCCCAGGCAUCCCUGCCUCCCGGCGCUGCGCACACACCCGCGAAGCCAUCGACCUCGUUCUCAAAGAGCUGCACGUCGACUCCAUCGACCUGCUGAUCGUCUCUUUCCCGGGCAUCCUCUUCGACGCCGACGACGACAGCGACGAAGAAGUCUCCUCCGACAAUGGUAGUGAAGAACCCGAUGACUUUGACAGCAUGAUCCAGACAUGGCGCACCUUGGAGGGUCUGCAGGAGCAGGGCAUGAUCUCACAGUUGGGCGUCGCAGAAUUCGGAAGUGAACGGCUCGCCCGGUUCCUUCCCCACACGAAGGUCAAGCCGUCUGUCGAUCAGAUCAACCUGAAGGAUUGUUGUGUCGUGCCUAAGUCGCUGAUCCUCUACGCUAAGCAAGAGCACAUUCAAUUGCUGACGCAUAACGACUGCAUGGAUAUCUUGCCUGUCGGCACGACUCGGGACCUACUUGGGCCUGGGGAGAAGGGAGCGGGGAUUCUGGCUUCGUCGCCGGAUGCGCCGGACGGUAUCCAGGGCGAUAUCGAGCCGCAGUGGGUGGUCAAGUAUACGGCUGUGGUGAAGGAUCGGGGGGUGGUGGAGAAUAAGGGAUAUUUUGCGCUGGCGGAUGUAGGCAGCUGCGUGAAGAGAUCAUAA